CGUGAUGUCAGUCAGAAUCACGAAUCACAUGCUUCGCGGACCGCAUGGCUCAGCAUGAAUCGUGAAUGCGUGUGUCGGCUCUCAAUAAACUUCCGAUGAGGCUUGCGGAUUCCUCCAAAUCGAGGGUCACGAGUCUUGAUCCUUCACCACAGCACACCACAGCACACCUCUCUCACAUCACAACUGGACGUCUCAUCAUGGCUGGCGAUCUCGUCCUCAUCACCGGUAUCACCGGCUUCCUUUCUGCUCAUGUGCUCGACGCCGCGCUCACUGCGCCCCAGCAGUAUCGCGUGCGAGGAACUUUGCGCUCAGCAUCCAAGAAGGAAGCGCUCCUUGCGCGUCUCACGCCUGCUCAGCGAGAGCGGGUGCAGCUCGUCGAGGUGAAGGAUACAGCUACCUGCGACUUGACCGAAGCGCUCAAAGACGUCAAGUACGUCGCCCACGUCGCCAGUCCUUAUCAGCUGAAUGUGGAAGACGCCGAGAGGGACUUGUUGAAGCCUGCCAUCGAGGGCACUCUCAACCUGCUGCGCUAUGCAGCCAAAUCCUCAACGGUCGAACGAGUCGCGGUGACCAGCUCCUUUGCCGCUGUAACAGAUUUCUCCAAGGGAGGCCCAAAUCGCCCGGGAUACACCUACACUGCUGAAGACUGGAAUCCCUCCACGUUCGAUGACGCUGUUAAAAUGGGAGGGGCGGGAGCCUUCAGCUACUCUGUAAGCAAGAAGCUUGCCGAGCAAGCUCUUUAUGAUUUUGUGCAGAAGGAGAAGCCCAACUUCACCGCUGCGGCCUUCAACCCACCCAUGAUCUAUGGGGCAACUCUUCAGCCAGGCGUGAACGCAUCCAACCUAAACACGUCCAGCAAGACCGUCUACGGGCUCAUCAGUGGGGCCGAGGCGAUGCCAGAGAAUCGUCUACCUUUGUUCUGCAACGCACAAGAUGUCGCUCAGGCCCACGUUGCAUACUUUGCGAUUCCCUCGCCGCCCAAGACGCGCCGCUAUCUGCUAUCGGGACCCGAGCCGUACACUUGGGAGCUAGCGGUAGGACAGAUCGCAGAAGAUCACCCAGAACUCAAGUCGAGGUUGCCCAAAGGCUGGGAAUCGGUGGCAAUCACGGACCCAUCUCAGCUGGAGGGCAAAUAUGCAACGCUGGACACCUCGCUCGCGCAAAAGGAGCUCGGCAUCGAAUUCAAGAACUGGUCCACCACACUCAAGGAGACGCUCACUAGUCUUUUGUCGCUCGAGGAGAGCAGCGAUUGGAAGGCGUGACGUCUUGAUUUGAUAUAGAGGACCGUGUGGCUCGGGGAUGCGAAUAUCACACAAUUGUGUUCAGUGGAUGUGGGCUCAAAGGCAUUGCGUAGUGAUCUGCACUGAGCAGGGAUGCUCAUUCCCAGAUGAUGGGUCGAUGGCAGUGGACGCAACGAAUCUUGCUGUACAGUAGGGCCUUUUCCAAGUCCAGCGCCCCUUGUUCAUCCUCAGAUCCGUGUAGAAUGACGUGAAGCGGUCCGUCGAGCUCCUGCAAAAGCUCCUGUUCGAUCUCCUCCGUAAGCUCGAAAGAUUUCCAUGCUUCGGGGCGCUCGUCCGACUCGCAGCGUCUUAAAGCAGCCCAGUAGACGUGUUCUGCCGCAAAACAAAGGGCAAAGUAUCCUGCUUGCAAGCCACGGCCCUUAAUGUGCAUCCAGCUGGGUGCCUCGCUUCCCAUCUCCACCACGGCCUGAGUCUUG